GCGCAGUUGAACGUCGGACUGUUUUGCUCGUCCGCUGCGGGAGCGGACUCGAUAGGGAAAAUAAGAUAGGAAGUGUCGAUAAGAAAAUCGAAAACGGAAGGACAAGACAUGCCGAAGGAGGUGCGCAUGUGUGAAGUUUACGCGGGGGACGGUGGCCACUCGCUUGGAAAUACAGGAGAAGGUGGAGGAGUCACGAUGCAACAGGACGAGGACGUUCAGUGCACCGGUAGAAGUCGACCAGUGAGCUUCUACGACAACUUCAAGGACAUCGGGGCUAUGCCACCGUGCAUCACGUCCGCGAUGAGUGUAGGAAAUUUGAGUGAACAAAUACGAGACAACGGGACUGACGGAACGAUGAAUUCGUCGGGGAACCCGGCUAACAAUAAUAAUCGUGUUAGCAGUGCAGUUAGCGUGGGCAAUGUCUCGAAGAUUCAAGGUACCAAAGUCACCGGAGCUCUUUCCACCGGCAAUAUAGGAUGGAUAACGCGAAAUGAAAGGGACAAAGAACUCGGGAGAGCUCCGUCGAUGGCCAAUUGUCUUUCGACUACUGUCCCCGUUAAUCUGGCCGCUUCCCAAAUAGCUGGCAGACACACACCCACGAGAAAUUCUCUGAGACAUAGCAGAAUGAUCGUGAUGCAUCGUACUGGCAAUGUUCCAACGAGGAAAUCCCAGCCGCCCCUACUCCGACAUCGUCGUCUGGCCAAUGUACUCGCGGCUAUGCAAAUCGUUCUGGGACUCGCUGUCACCUCUUUAGCCUUCUGGCUCCUACUUUGGGCUCCGAAUCUACCGCCGAUCGAUAACCCCUACUGGAGCGGAAUGCCGCUCCUCCUCUCAGGAAGCUUUGGAGUUUGUUUGCUGUGUUGCUUCCGCAAAGAAUACCCUGGAAUGAGUCCGGGCUUCUGUCUCACGUCGACAAAGGUUAUCAGCGUCUUCCUUGCUGCCUUGUCAACGAUCGCUUGCCUCGUGGCAUGCGUUACAGCUGCGAUGCAUCUCAUUAAACUGAACGGUCUGGAAUGUACACCGGCCCGAGUGAAAAACGCCACGUGCGCUUGUCGUCCGCGAACAGAAUUGGCGAGUCCCUCGGAACCGUUGCUCAGAUACGUGGAUCUAAGCUGCCCCGAAGUGGAGGGAAUUCUGAUGAUACUCCUGAUAUUCUCAUCCGCCUGCAACCUCGUUGGUGCAAUAGUCGCUGGAAUUUAUUGUUACUUGCAUUGGUGCACGCGAGAGAAAAGACCCAAAUACAUCCAAGUCCGUACAAACUCGACCCAAAACUCCAUAAAUUCUCGUCCAAUCUACAAUCCGAAUCUCAAUCGCAGAUGAUCGAUAUUUUUUAUUUCGUAAUGAAGCAGCAUUUUCUUUUUUACUAUUUAAUCACUCAACCACCAACGUAUGUCAAUAGCCAAAUAAAUCGCGCAACGUCAUGGCCAUCGAAUCUCAAAUUAAUCAUCGACGAUCGUUGCGAAACUUCAGUAUUUUUAGAUUUAGUCACAUUUCGUUUUAAGGAAUUUUCUAAUGCCAAAAGGCCCGUUCAGGCGCUCGAACGUCCGUGGAAAAAAGACGCAAACGAAUUCGUAGUGUUACCCAACUCGAUAUUCUUCAUAAAUCAGAACUCGAGGCAUCGAAUUUGCCUUACUUUUUGAAAUUAUAAUGCCUCACGAAAAUCCGAAUUCAUAGAUUUCAUCGAAUCAAGAGAUUUUUUCUGUGCCGAAUUACAAACUCGAGCUCAUCCGGCUGCUCCGGACCGAACCGCAAUCGCAUUGAAAUAUCGAAACUUUUAAACGGGGCCAGUUCAGGCUAGAAAUUGUCGUCAGGAUUUCAUAGUACAUGGGAUAUCAAUGCAACAAGAAUCUCUGGCAUGUGUGAGGAAUAUUGUGAAUUCGAGCGAGUCAAACGGUCCAGUUUCAUUUUCGGAUAUGGCUUUUAACCGGAUUUGUUAAAAAUGUAUUUAUCGAUCUAUUUCAAUCGUCCUGGUUGCUACGAUUAUUAACAAAAACCUUGGGAAAAAAAUUACAGAAAAAAAAUUAUAACUCAGAAUCAUUGUAAUCAUAUAAAAUGAAUGAGACGAUAAAAAUUGUCUUGGCGCAAAAAGAACCAAUUAAAGUGUCGAUAUAUCUGGUAACUGGGACGUUUGCCUCGAAGGUAUGAAUGUCGAAUAGAAAUCGCUUAGUGUACCUGCUACGAGCUAUAAUUAUUGUGUAUUUUAAUCGUAUGAGUAAAAUACAAUUUUAUUAGAAGAUAAGUUAACGAAGAAAGCUCAUUAGAAUUGGGAAAUUUGACGCAUUGGCACAAAUCGCAAAUUUCUUCCCUCUUGUAAAUAUAGAAGAUUGUAAUGAAUAGGAAGAAUGAAAUAAACCACUUCAAACGAU